AUGGCCUCUCUUGGGCUGUGGCACGGCGGAAGAAGCGGCGGCAGCGGCUGGAGCUCUCCCUUUUUCCACCCUUUUCUUCAGAUUUGGACUCCUACGAAGCUGGCAGCGGCGGCCGUGGACACGUGGGUGAGAAGAGAAGACGUGAAGGUGGAGGUGGAGGAUGACGUCACGCUGCAGAUAAGCGGGGAGAGAGUGGUCGGGAAGGAUGAGGAGAAUGACAGGUGGCACAGGGCCGAGCGGCGCGUGGGGAGCUUCUCGAGGAGGUUCAGGCUACCUGAGGAUGCUGACGUGGACGGGAUAAGGUGUGGGCUGGAGCACGGGGUGCUUACGGUGGAGGUGCCCAGGAAGGACGUGCAGGAGCAGUCAAAGAAUGUUCGUUGCAUAGACGUUGCUUGA